AACCAUGAAGUUUGAUGAUAUUUUGAAAGAGAUAGGAGAGUUUGGAAAAUACCAGAGAUGGGUGUAUGCGAUGGUCUGCAUCAUAGCAAUGCCUGUAGCCGCCCAUCAGAUGGCCCAGGUCUUCCUAGCCGGUGCAUCAGACCACUGGUGUGAUGUGGCAGCGUGGAGCGAUGAGGAUUGCCAAAAAUGGGGUUACACCGAAGAGCAAUGCAUCGAAGCAAAGCGAAACGCCAGCUCUCCCGUCAACGGAACCGAAGACGAGCUCCAGUGUACGAAGUAUUCCAUCGUGGAUGAACUCGUCUUCAAUCCGGGUCUCGAUCCCGUGAAGUACAACGACACAGAGACCAUCGAAUGCAACAACGGAUGGGUCUACGAUAAAAGCCAGUAUAAAUCGUCACUCAUACAAGAAUUUGACCUGGUAUGCGAUGAUGGAAAUUUAGACAGCGUGGCUCAGUCAUUAUUCUUCGUGGGUGUCCUCAUCGGUUCUCUGCUUUUUGGAGCCCUCGCCGACAUGUUUGGUCGCCGUAUUACUCUAUUUGUAGCGCUAUUCAUGCAGAUAUCGGUCGGUGUUGGGAUAGCGUUUUCUCCUAGUUUUUGGUGGUUUGCAAGUUUACGUAUUGUCUUAGCUUGUGCUAACAUGGGGGUCUUUCUUCUUUGCUUUAUUAUCGGCACGGAGAUGGUUGGGCCUAACAGACGAACGGUAGCAGGGAUGUGUAUACAGAUAGCAUUCUCUUUCGGUUACAUGCUCCUUGCUCUAAUUGCCUACUUUAUACGAGACUGGAUGAUCCUACAACUUGUUAUCUCUCUACCAGCUGUUUUAUUCUUCGUCUUCUUCCCAUUUAUACCGGAGUCUCCGCGUUGGUUGAUUUGUAAAGGGCGAACGGAGGAAGCAACAAAAAUCAUUAAGAAAGCUGCAGAUACCAACAAAAAAGAUCUCCCGGAUCCUAUUUUCACAUCAGAAGAAAUUAAAGAACAGCAAGAUGCACUGACAGCUAAACAAGCCACGUUUUUAGAUCUCUUCAAAACACCUAACCUCCGAAUCCGUACUCUCAACUGUAUGUUUAAUUGGUUCGUGAAUACCAUGGUUUAUUAUGGCUUAUCACUGGACACCUCCGACCUGGGUGCUAAUGAUUAUAUCGCAUUCUUUAUAUCUGGUGCUGUCGAGGUACCUGCGAUCAUAACCGGUAUCUUUGCUAUCGAUUACUUCGGUCGAGCAAAGAGUACCUGCGGUUAUAUGCUCUUUGGGGGCGUGGCCUGUUUAUGUACCACAUUUACACCUUUGGGUGCCUGGCGGACGACGGUUGCUAUGUUAGGCAAGUUUGGUAUUACAGCAUCAUUUGCAAUUAUCUACAUAUUUUCAGCGGAGCUGUUCCCUACCCCAGUCAGGAGUGUUGGUGUAGGCAUCUGUUCCAUGUCUGCGCGUAUAGCGGGGAUAUUAUCACCCUACGUAUUGCUCCUGGAUGAGGUCUGGGAACCUCUCCCGGUCAUCAUCUUCGGGGUCCUGUCAAUCAUCGCCGGAGUUCUCAUCCUUUUCGUUCCCGAGACGUUAGGGGCACAGCUUCCCCAAACCAUUGAAGAGGGAGAGCUCUUCGGAACGAAGAGGGGGAGGGAACUCCAAGAGAAGAAGAGCGAAGACUACACUCUCCAAACGAUUUCGUCAUCAUUGGACGAGAAACCAAAGGAAGGAAACGGACAUGUCAACCAAGCUUUCGAGAACAACAUCUAGAAUCUAUAUUUUAUCAUCUAAAAUUGUUCUCAUUUCUUUCCUCUCCUUCAGUUAGAUUGAUUCAAGAAGAACAUCUUUAACGAUCUUGGGUACCAUUUAACCAUAUUAGCCACACAAACACUCUGAAUAUCUUAAAUUAUCAUGGAAACAAAUAAUAAUGAUAUAGCAUUUAUGAGGCGCCGAUCUAUCUAGUUACCUAUUCAGUGGCGCACUAUGAUAUUAGCCCGGCUGUAGCUCCAGCUGCUAAAGGCGCUUGGUGCCUUCAAGGAAUUAAUCCUGCCGGGUACCCAUUCACAUCAC